AUAAUAUUGAAAAAAAUUGUCAGAUCAAAUGCGGCGAUUCCUCUUCGUCGUCGUCGUCGUCGCGACCUUCCCUCUUUAUGCUUGUUUUCUCUUUCGUACGAUAAAUAAAGAAAAUUAUAGAUUGAAUGCAUGAAAAUGGAGAGAAUUAUAGGAGAGAAGUACAAAUUGGCUCGCAAAAUUGGAAGCGGAUCCUUUGGCGAAAUCUUUCUCGCUACUCACAUUCAAUCUGGUGAAAUCGUUGCUGUCAAAAUUGAAAAUAGGAGUGCAAAGCAUCCGCAGUUACUUUACGAAGCCAAACUGUAUAAGAUUCUUCGUGGUGGAAGUGGUGUUGCGAAUAUAAAAUGGUGUGGAGUAGACGGAGGAGAUAAUGUAUUAAUAAUUGAUUUGCUAGGUCCGAGUCUCGAGGACUUGUUUGUGUACUGUGGGAGGAAGUUUUCCCUUAAAACGGUGCUAAUGUUGGCUGAUCAGAUGAUUGCGAGGAUUGAGUACAUGCAUGCUAAGGGAUUUUUGCAUAGGGACAUUAAACCGGAUAAUUUUCUCAUAGGUCUUGGAAGGAAAGCUAAUCAGGUCUUUGUCAUUGACUUUGGGCUUGCAAAAAGAUAUUGGGAUACAACAACACACCAACAUAUUCCUUACAGAGAGAACAAGAACUUAACAGGAACUGCAAGGUAUGCAAGUUGUAAUACUCAUCUAGGAAUUGAGCAAAGCCGUCGAGAUGAUCUGGAGUCCAUUGGCUAUGUUCUUUUAUACUUUUUGAGAGGAAGCCUUCCAUGGCAGGGUCUGAAAGCUGCAACGAAGAAGCGAAAGUACAAUAAAAUAUGCGAGAAGAAGUUAUCAACUCCAAUUGAGGUACUGUGCAAGUCGCAUCCUGUGGAGUUUGCUUCUUACUUCCAUUAUUGCCACUCUUUAACAUUUGACCAAAGACCUGAUUAUGGAUUUCUGAAGCGGCUCUUUCAUGUCUUGUUUACUCGAGAAGGAUUUGAGUUCGAUUAUGUUUUUGACUGGACCAUCCUGAAGUACAAGCAGAAACAGAGAACAAAGCCACCAGCUAAAUCACCCGACUUGCAGCCGAAUUCUAGAGUGACAGGCAGUCGAGCAAUGGCAAUGGCUCUUGAUAAGGGUAAAGGGGUCAGUGGUGCUUCUUAUUUUGCUGAGGUUACUGAUCACAGAGGAUCAAAUAAAGUUGCUUGUCCAGAUGCUCAUAUGCAGUCUGGCUCGUCAUUUUCUUGGAAUUUAACUGCUGAUAAUCCAAUUGACAAACAUAAUAUGACCAAUGCAUCAAUGCCGUCAAUUGCUCCACCCAGUGCAUCCAGAAGGGAUUUUAUGAAACUAGAUGGCUCAACUGAUGCUGUGAGCAGUGGUCGUGGGGCUGGGAACAGAGCUGGUGCUUCAAGCAGGUUGAUGAGAAUUUCUUCAGCCAAGUAAUUGCUGUAAUUUGGGAGACAGAAUCCAGGGAUAGUCUUGUCACUGACAUGAAGUUUCGAUGGCUCAAUCUCUAUGCUCAAGGAUAUGUCAAAUUGUUUUAUGUAUUCAGAAGGUGACUACAAGGAGACACAUUGGAUGGCGCUGGGCCUAUCAAAGCAUGUUUUUUUUUUUUUUUUUUUGUUGUUGUUCAAGAUGGAAAAAUGGUUAGGCCUUUUUGACAUUUAUUGUUCAAUUGAGGAUAUGUAUAUUGUUUCUUUUGCUCCUCUAUCUCUGGAUGAUGUAUGGCUGUUUUGACAUGUAUUUAUCUAAUUCAAAACAAAUUACUUUUAGUUAUUA